UGCUCCGUUCUUUGCCUCGUCGCCCAGCCCAGCCAUGCCGCUGCCCAGCGUCUCGCCGGUGCUCUGCGCCGCCCUGCUGCUUGGCCUGCUCCUGCCAGCCGCCACCGAGUCGGUGAGAGAAACUGAGACCAUGGAUGCCCAAUGGCUGGACUAUCCUGCCUCUGGAGACUUGCCAGAUGAUGAAGACAUUGGCGAGUUCAGGCCUCACUUACCUUCUGAUGACUUAGAUAUAGAUGAGGCAUCUGGGUCUGGAGACUACUCAGACUCUGAAGAUGCCAUAUAUCUGACCACCAUGGAUACUCCUCUGAUAUCUGACAACUAUAUCCCGGGAGAUACUGACAGAAAGAUAGAAGGUGAGAAGAAAAACACGAUGGUGGACAAUGAAAUCAUUCCAGACAAAGCUGUACCUGUUGAAGAGAACCUGUCCAACAAGAUCUCCAUGGCAAGCACAGCCAACAGCAGCAUCUUUGAAAGAACAGAAGUCCUUACAGCUCUCAUUGCAGGAGGGGCAGUGGGCCUCCUCUUUGCUGUCUUCCUGAUCCUCCUCUUGGUCUAUCGCAUGAAGAAAAAGGAUGAAGGCAGUUACGACCUUGGGAAGAAACCUAUCUAUAAGAAAGCCCCAACAAACGAGUUCUAUGCUUAAAGCUCAGCACCACCUGGAGCCCUUCCAGGGAUGAACAGACUGUAUGGAAACACUGUGCCCUCAGAUGAGAUGUGCUGAACAAAUGCUCUUUUGGGAUUGAAUUUCAAUGUGACUUCGAGAAAAAAAAAAAAAAAACAAACAACCAAACUUCCUCCAUGACCCUUUCCAUCCUGCUUGGCUAACAAGGGCCCAAAGAAAUACAAAGAGUCUGAAAAGAAACAACCAACCAACCAACCCUCAGUGUAUUUUUUUUUUUCUCUUUUCCUCCAAAGCUAGCACAAAAAGAAUAAAGAUGCCAAAUUUUCUGCUUGGUUUUAUAGAGGGUAUAUAAACACAAAGCAGACUGUAUGGAAGCAAACACCAUGUGUUGGCAGCCAGGGUUCUGUGCUCAGAUUUGGCUGCUCCUAGAGAAGAUGGCUUUUGUAUAAACCUUGCUAAUGAUGUCUUGCAGCAGGCUGUUGGUGGGAAGCAUUUUUGUGGAGAACUAUUUAUGAAUCUCUUACACUACAGAUAACAUUGCCUUAUCAGGGAACUGAAGGCCCAGAGGGCCUCCAAAUCCCUGAAUGCCAUAAAGGGCCUAUGGGAACCUCUUCCCCAGGAGACUUCUGUCUUUUCCUGUUGGCCCCAGGCAAGGGUCAUUAGUCCAUGAAAUCAGGACAGCCAGCUUUGUUUGGCCAUGGUAACACCCUUUCCUUGCCUUCAAUCUCUUACCUUUUUAUUUUUUAAGGAGUGCUUAUAGGAUUUUUUUUUUAUAUAACAAAAUUUUAAAGAAAAAUAGCCUAAUGUUUAUAUAUAAAGUUUGUAGAAAGUGUUUUGAAAUAAUAAUAAUAAAAAAAACCCAAACCCCUCGGCUUUUUAAAUUUCCUCAGAUCUAUUUUUUCAAUACCUUUGUGUUUCCUUUGGCUGGGCAUUUUGCUAGAGAUGUUUUCUAUGAUUCAUAUUCUAAACUGAAGCAGAGUUUGCUGCAGUGUGUUACAGGUUUCUUCUAGUUCAUAGCAGCUACUGUAGAGGGUAAAGAUAUUUAUGUUUUUUUUCCCAUAACUGUUUUAGGAUUUGAUUAUUUUUUUAAUAGAACUAUUUAUAGUUUCUGAAAUGGCUGCUCUUCUCAUUUGGUAGCUUUUUAUCCUUUUUUUUAAAUAUGUAAAACACUAAUAUAAUGAGUCUCUGUGAAAACUAUUUAAGCUUUAUUCUGUGAAUUUUAAUUCUAAAUUCAAGGCAAUAACUUUUAGGAUUAAGCUGUAUGCAAAAUUUGGAUUCAUAAUAUGAUUGAAGUAGGGAAAAAGGAGAAUAUUUCUAGCCUGUAAUAUAAUCAGUCCUAUAGAGCUAUAUAUUUUAUAUUUUACUGAGAAAUACACAGUUGAGAGUGAAGAGGCUGGAGUUAAUUCUUCAGCAGCCUUACUCUAUGUGAGAGGCUUGGUCUUUUGUACUGCUGUUUGUCCAGGGUCUUGUCUGGAACAAGAGUGGGUUUGGGCUGGGCAAGGCAACUGGGAACAGCCCAAGUGCUGGGGCUCCUUCAUGUCCCAGGAGCUGGGUUGUGCCUUGGAGCAGGCUGUGGUGGGAGAUGUGCUGGGCUGGAGCAGAGCUCCCCUUCUGAGGUUGCUCUCUGAAGCAAGCAUUGGAAGCUUGCAGUAGAGGGAAAACUCCUUGUUUGGGGGCUGGCUGUGUUGGGAGUCCCUUGGUGCUGUGCUGAGUACCUGUCUCUCGCAGAAGGCUGCCUUUGGUAGCCAGAAGUCUGCUUCAGUGUCAUCUCCCAGCUGGGAGCACUGAGCUUUCAUAGAUGGCUUGCUCUGAACCUCUUGCAUUGGGUCUUAAUGUGUCAUGUGCAGAGCUCCUACCUCUACUGAGAGUGAGACCAAUUCCCCCAGCACUCAUAGAGCAAAGGGCAAGGUGCAUGGCCCAUGCUGCUGUUUCAGGAAGGAUUCAGAGAUACCUUAUGCAAGUUGUGUCUUCCUGCAGCUCUUGGAAUCUGGUGUGGGGGUCCCCAAAACUGAGCAACUGGGUGGGCAGCAUGAAACCUGAUGGUUGUGAAGGCAGUUUAGAAAUCUCAUCGACUCUUGAACCCUCUGCAAGCUUUGGCAUAGGUUUGAGGCCAAAUUCAGAGGCAGUAGAACAAAGUUCAGUUUUGGCUGGUGCUGAAAGCUGCCUCUCAGAACUGGGAGGUGGAGUGGGGAAGGCAGGGGAGCUGUGUAUUGAGACAUUGGUGCAAGAGGCCUUUCCUCAAGGGUCCUCCUCCAGACUGACUCACUCGCUUGGUCCCAGUACAAGUGUGUUUGGGAAAUGGCAGGCUCUGGGAGGCUCUGAAAACUGCAUGGAGUUCACUGCAGAGUGGGAGGGAAAGGGAGGACUUCACUGCCUGUGGACAGCACUGCCAGGAAGGCAGGAGCGGUGUCUGCUUGUUGGGAUAUUUAGAUCUCUUGUGUAAUUGCUCUUGGGGAUUUUCCACUGUUACUGCUUUAUUUUAUUUUUUCCUCAAAUA